AUGGCUUUCCAGCAAGUUCCCGUCCGCAGCGUCGACAUCACGUCCGGGUUCUGGUCGCAGAUGCAACGUUGUUCCAAGGAGAAGACAAUCCCUGCAAUCAUCGAGGCACAAAAGUCACUGAAGCACUGGUAUUGUCUGACGUGGAAGGAAGGCCACGAGAUUCAGCCGCAUGUAAGCCCAGCACGCUUUCCGAAACAAUCAUGCCUGUCGGAGCUAACUUGUACAUGUCAGCCGUUUUGGGAUAGUGACGUCUAUAAGAUAGUAGAAGCUGCGUGCUACUUUCUGAUGAAAAACGAAGAUCCGGAACUCAUGGCGACCGUCGAAGAGGCCGUCGAUAUGAUUCGCGCCGCACAGCAUCCCGACGGAUAUAUCAACUCCUACUAUACCGUGCUAGGCAUCGACAAGCGAUGGACAAACGUCCGGGAUAUGCAUGAGCUCUACUGUCUCGGCCAUUUGACCGAGGCUUGUGUAGCCUACGAAACGCUCACAAACAGUGGUCGACUCCUGGAGCCAGUUCUGAAGGCCCUUCGGCAUGUGGACAGCGUUUUCGGGUCGGAACCAGGAAAGAAGAGGGGAUAUCCGGGGCAUCAAGAGAUCGAGAUUGGGCUCUUGAGGCUGUACGAGCUGUGCGCCGAGCCUGUGCUGCUAAAGCUUGCCACAUACUUCAUUUGUGAACGCGGUUACCGUGACGCCAAUGGGGAGACAUUUUUUGACCACGAAGCCAGAGCCCGCGGUGGAGACCCGUACGACCACAUGGGAGAUGAGAUGAAAGCCUGGUUCCGGCAUCCUCGGGACUAUAGCUAUAGCCAGUCCCACUGCUCCCUCAUCGAGGCUACCGAGAUCAAGGGCCAUGCGGUGCGCGCCAUGUACUAUUUUAUAGCAGCAACAGACUUUGUUCGCCUGACAGGAGACGACAAAAUCAAGGCCGCGCUCGAUCGGAUGUGGACGGACAUGACGGAAACAAAACUGUACGUGACCGGUGGAAUUGGUGCGAUGCGGCAGUGGGAAGGGUUUGGUAGCAGAUAUGUGCUGGGCGAUACAGAAGAGUCUGGCACAUGUUAUGCAGAGACCUGCGCGUGCUUUGCAUUGAUCCUCUGGUGUCAACGCAUGCUUCAACUCGAGCUAGACGUCAAAUAUGCGGAUGUCAUGGAGAUUGGGCUGUAUAAUGGUUUCCUCGGCGCCGUUGGCCUGGACGGCGGGUCGUUCUAUUACGAAAACCCGUUGAGGACGUAUGGUGGUCACGGGAAAGAGCGAAGCAACUGGUUUGAAGUGGCCUGCUGCCCGCCCAAUGUUGCAAAGCUGCUUGCCUCUAUGGGAUCGCUCAUCUACUCGAUAAAAGCAAACGUUGUCGCCAUCCACCUCUACAUUGAAAGCGAAGUCUCAGUUCCUGGCACGGAUGUUGUGGUUUCCCAAACAACGAGCAUGCCUUGGUCCGGAGAUGUCCAGAUCAGGGUCAAGGGAACAACGGCACUGGCCUUGCGGAUUCCCACGUGGGCAGAAGGAUACACGAGCUCAGUCCAAGGAGAGGUGAAGUCGGGUUACUUGUACAUUCCCGAGACCGAAAACCUAAAAGUCAACCUCUCCUUCACAGUCAAGGCGCGGAAAAUAUAUCCCAACCCAGCAUUGGGAAAGGAUGAAAUUUGUAUCAUGCGUGGACCAUUGGUAUACUGCAUCGAGGACGUCGAUAACGAGGUUGAUAUCGACCAUGUCGGUGUAUGCGACGAUUCUGUGACUGAUGCCGAGCCGAUUGACAUCGCAGCAGUAAAGGGUGUGAUUCCAGUCCGGGCAACGGGGAGGGAGGUGGUAAACGGCAAACCCGAGCUCUAUGCGUCAGACCCAUGGAAGUACGGCGAUGAGAAGAGCCUGCUCUACGUGCCAUAUUUCCUGCGGGCAAACAGAGGAGGCAACGGUGGAAUGACAGUCUGGGCCAGGCGUUUGAGCAGUUCUAGACAUUCUUAG